AUCUAACAUCAUCUAUUUUAGGAUCGAGAAAAUAUACACUUAAAUAUAAAUUACGUCAGUAAAAAAAUAUAAAAAAUAAAAUGAUCUUAUAAUUUAAAACGGAAGCAGUAGGUAACUGUUACCAGCCGAAAGAUUCAAACAGCGUCUACAUAUACUAACCGGAGAAGUUGAAAUCAUCGCUAAAGCUAAUACCAGCUUCCAGUUGUUGCCGAGGAGAGGAGCGAGAAAAGGAACUUCGUGUCCAGUGACGCUGAACACGCAUCACGGCAGGACCAUGCGAAGCACCAAAGAGGGCCUGGACCUGGACGACAGACACGUACGCACGUGUCGCAAGAAGCCAUCUCCUUCGGUAAUCAGGACACGUACUCCAGCUCGUCGCCGAACGUGUCAAGUCGCCCGCCGUAUAAGGGCUUCUUCACCGAUCGUGCAAGUGUUACAGCCGAUGUCCCCUUUUUGUUUUCGGUAGCCUAUCGUCCUCGUGUACGCCAAUUAAGGAUAGGCGCGACGAUGCCGGUCAGCCACGUAACGACGUCGCUCCUCCCGCCGUGCCGCGCCGCCGCGUCGUCGUCGGCGCGCGCCAUGCGUUCGUUCGCGCGCCGUCCGUCGCCUUCCUCCACCGGGCUCGGCAGCGGCGUGCGCUGCCACGCCGCGACUCCGCCGCCGCCGGAGUUCCCAGACCAGCAGACGACGCCGGCCGAGCUGCCGGGCACGGAUCGCCCCCCGUCCGAGGUGCCGGGGACGAACCGCCCGCCGGACGAGUUCCCGAGCAUCGACACGCCACCGGAGUUCAACGCGCCGCCGGGCGUGGACGUGCCGAUGCCGGGGCUACCAGUGCCUGGGCCGGAGCUCCCUGGCCCCGCGAUGCCGUCGCCGCCGGCGCCGGAGAUCCCGACCGUGCCGCCCAACCCCGACGUCCCACCGCCGCAGCCCCCUGAGGUGGACCCGCCCAGGCCGCCACCCGAGGUCGUCCCCCCGCAGCCUCCUGGCGCCGCGACGGUGCUGCCUCCCUUUGUGUAGUUCCUCCGCCGUCCGUCUACGGCGCGGCCGGCCGGGGCAGGUGGACAGGGCGGGCGGCAUGCGGAGGAGCCACGUAGGAGUGUACAAAGUAGUUAGCAUGAUGUUCACGGUUGUACAAGUUUGCUUUCAGUUUCAACAAGGAGCUACCAAAGUCGAGAAAUAAGGCCAGUGCCGUAGCUUACCUUGGCCUGAUCUGUGAUCAUGAGCUCGUGGUAAUGGCGCUCGCUGAGCGCCUGAGGCAGACCAAGAAUUCAUUCAACUAGGACAUGCCUUUAUUCAGCAUUUUAAUUAACUAGAUUAAAAAGAUUUAUGUCUAAA